AGAGGCGUCUAAUGCUCGCCCCAGACUGUGUCUGCGCAUGCGCGGCGGCCGCGGAACCCGUUUGAAUGGCUUUCAUCGGCGCAUCAGAAGCAGGGAUGGGGGACUGGAGCAGGGUCCACAAUCACACAGGUCAGUGCUCUCCGCUGCCGUCUCCCGCGGUCGGGACUCUGAGGCUGGUGUCCGGGGAUGGGACGAGCGUGGGCAGCGUGAUGAGCCUGCAGUGCCCCUUCAGACACCGAGCGGUCAGCGGCAGCCAGAUGUCCUGCGUCUGGAGCAGCAACAAGACCCACUGGAGCGGCGGGACACCCGAGUGCAAGCCUUUGUCUCGCUUCGAGGACGGCGGCUUUCGUUUAGCUCUUCUGCUGUCCUUCAUCAGCCUAGGCAUCAUUCUCAUCAUGAGCCUCAUCUUCAUCACCUACUGCCUGCUGAGACACGUGAAGCGCGAGGAGAGGAGAAACCAAGAGAGGGCAAGAAAAAGUGGAGCUUCAGAGUUCUGGCAACAAAUAGACGUUGAGGGUGUGGAGAUGGAGAGAGAGGUGCAACACAGUCAGAAAACCACAAACCACAACAACAACAACAACAGCGGCAGAGGAGAGAGAACGUGCCUCUACAGUCACGGAGAACGUCCCUGCAGGUGUCUUCAUCAAGGGAGCAUCCAUCCGUCCCAGUUCUCUCUGACACCCGCCGACUACCUCACAAACACACACACGGGUCCCGUCGGCGGCCCCGGUCCCGCCGCGGGGGACAGACACGUCUUCCGGCCGCUUCACGACCCGCUCUGGACCCGAGCGCACCUCUACAGCCCUCGUCCACCGCCUGGCCAGACGAUGUCUGUCUGAGCAGCUGCUGAAGACCUCCACUGAGAACUGGGGUUUUGUUGUUAGGUCUUUUUGGACGAUUGUGCUAAUCAUUUAACAUGCUAUUGCACCUGAUACCGUGAGUAACUGAGCUGGAUGUUUACAUGCAGUGUGUCUCAUUCCCUUGAAGAAAGCAGGAGGACAGGGCCAUGUCUUAAAGGACCCCGAUGCUUGAUGCUGUCCGUAAGACAGACAACAGAAAGACAGCAGCACAAGUAUUUUCACCUAAGGUCUAUUUUAAAUAUUUUCAAAUCAACCAGCUCAGAAUUCUCUCAUUUAGGAAAUUGCGUAUAUAUGCUUUAUCGAUGCACACUUGAAAUGAUCAUUAUAUCCUCAUGGAAACAAAGUCUCAACCUUUAUUUUUGUACACAAACUAAAAACCAAAGCAUGCUUUAAAAUGUUGAGAUGUCCCAUGUUGGUGCCUCGUGAAUAAAAACUGAAUACCACGCUAAA